AGAAUUUUAAUCUCAUUGUAGGUUACAUGUUUAAUUCUUUGAAUGUCUGAUUUAGUUCAAAACCUAAAGCAUCAAAAAUCACUGUAUAUAACACAGAAAAACUUGCGACUAAGUGAUGGAAGAUUGAGAAGAAUUUCUGAAGAAAGCUAGCGCGUAUCAUAGUUCAAAACCUAAUUUAAUAUAUUGCAAAAAAACAAUGAAUCUCAGUUUUGGCUCUGGUGAAGAAAGUUCUGAAGACAAAAUUGAUAUUUCAAGUUCGGUAAUGACACCAUAUCUUAAUAUAAAUCCACAUUACCUGGACACUGCAGAUCAGUAUAUAUUACCAGAAGAUGCAGCACCCAUGCGAUCAAGAGCUCAAAUGAUGUUUUCAACAAUAGGUGGUGCUACAGUUAUAGGUGCAGGUGUGGGUGGAAUGGAAAGUCUCAGAUACAGUGGUCUACAAUGGCUUAAGGGUAAAUCAGCGAGGAUGCAAUUUACCAGUGCAAUCCUGAAAAAUGGAGGGAAAAUGGCUCAAAAGUUUGGGUCAAUAGCAGUUUUAUAUUGUGCCUGCUCAAUUAUUUGUGAAAAAUCUAGAGGAGUCGAAGAUGAAUUUAAUACAUUAAUUGGUGGGGCAGCAGCAGGAGGAUUAUACAUGAUACCAAGUGCCAUCAAUGCAAAAACCGAAAUAGCAGUGGCAGAAGAAGCGAAAAAGAAGCUUUCUGUUUUUAGGAGACUGCCUCCGAUUGGACGAAUAUUAUUUGGAGCUGUGGUCGGUGUAGGAGUUGGAGGAAUGUUAUGUUUAUACAAAAUGAAAGCGCCAGAUUAUAUUAGAGAAAUGACAAAGAGAAAGUAACAUUCACUGAAUAUGAAACAAUAUUUUAUACACUUGAAUCGCUGUGUACUGGGACAGCAUGAUACAAAACCAUUUUCUACACAAACGUGUGUUGUUUUUAUAAUAAAAGCCUAUUUGUUCUGGGGUUGAACAAAUAUGAUACAACUACUAUAAAAUAGAACACUAUUCGGUGCCUAUUUAAUCACUGACUUUUUGACAAAGUACUUUUAUUUCUCCCAUUUCUCGUCUAAUUUGAAGGAAGUAUGCCCGAUUUUGCUCCUGAUUCAUUUUCUCUCUCUUUUGUUGGCAGCGACGUCCGGACUUAGCGUGGUUCCUAGCCUACGUUUUCAGGUCUAUUCUUUGAAAUAUUACUUUACCUAUUGGCAUA